UACCUCCUUCUCAAUCAAGAAACUAGAGCCAACGUUUGUUUUCUCUCUAGAGAUUGUCAUCGUAUUAAGGAGGAGUACAACUUCUUGCAUUUAGAUGAGGAAAUGGAGUAUUAUAACUUGGAGAGUUUAACUCAUCAUCAACCAAUCACCCCUCGGACUCUAAGGACCGUGACCCAGUUUUUACUCUCAAUUUCGGUAUUUACCUUCAUCUACUGUUCCCACCGCUCAUCAUGGUGCUGUUUCAUGCUAAAUUCUAUGAAGUACUACUACUUAUCAGCUAUCUCCUUUCACGGCUUGGACAAAAGCUGGAUAUUCCUCAUAUGCAAUGGGAUCUUAAUGGCCGUAGCAACCACCUCUGCGGGCUUGGUUUCUUCUCCAUCUAAGGGGUUUGACAUGGAUGACAUGGCAGAGAAUCAUGUUAUUGCAGAUGGGCCGCGUACACCUGAGGAGUCGAAGGAGGACGUAGAGUGGUUGGCAGAGCCAAUUCCAAAUGCAGUUCUUCAAGUAGAAGAAAUGGAAAAUGAUGAAGAAACUCUGAAAGUAGAGGACCAAGGGAACCAAGAUGAUCCCCUCUUUGAAGAAGAGCGGGGAGGAGAUCACUUAAUCGUGAUCGAUGAAGAUCAUGAAGAACAAGAGCUGGAAGGCGGAGCACCCUUAAAGCAGCCGGAAGAGCCGGGAGAAAGUACUGAAGCCGAAGCUGAAGAAAUUAGAACCUACUAUAUCCUGGAAGAAACGCACCGUCAGGAGAAUGAAGAAAAUUUGGAGGCUGGUGGAUUUCACUUGGGAGAAGAAGUGCAGGUGGAAGAAGAGGAGGAAGAGCAGGAAGAAAAACGCGGACUGGAGAAGCUGAGCACAGAAGAGUUAAACAAGAAGUUCGACGAUUUCAUCAGGAAAAUGAAGGAAGAACUCAGGAUUGAAGCUCAACAGCAGCUGGUGGUGGUGAAGUAAUCAUGAUGACAGUAACAGUAUACAGUAACAUCUACUAUCAUAUAAUUAGUUAUCAAAAAAUUUUCCAUUUUUCCUUCUCCUUUGUAAAUCGUUGUGUGCCCUUAUGCAUGUUAAUUACAUAAUAAUUAUUUCAGCAGCAAUAGCAGGUCUUCAUCCUGUAGACAUGGUUUCAGUCUUAUUGUUCAUGACUUAGAUGAAAUUAGUUAGUCUGUGCAUGGUAUGUGCAAUUCCUUAGUUGGUCAA